GCAGAAAUGGAGUGAGUUUCGAGAUUUAUGUGAGCUGCGAAACUUGGCUUUUGACUUUGUUCCUUUGAUCUGAAAGACUGUAAUUGCGAAUCUGAAAGCUUUUUACGAGGUACAGCGUUUUGUUUUGAACGAUCAACGACUUUUCCUUGGUCCAUUAUCGAUCACACCGUUUGUAACUUUUCAUCGUCUAAAGUUGAUCAUCGGAGUGAAUUCGAAGGGUAAACAACAACUGGUAAGGACAAAAUCAACAGAUUUGUAGAGUCCAUCGUAGAGAGUGGAUUCUGUAGAAGAAAUUUGUGGCUUUAACGCUAGAUUGGUGAGCUAAUCAGGGAAUUAUUUGACGAAAGAAUUAUCACGUCAAAUUAAUGACAUUGAAGAAUUCUUCAGCUAUUCAAACCAGUAAGUAAAGGAUUGUAUUGGUUUUGACUGCUUUAUUUGAGAGUGUGAAGACGUCAGAUUUCGAAGUCUAACUCUGCUUUGGAUCUCAAAGUCGUCAAGAGCUAAUCAGAGGAUAUUCAGGUCUCUAGGAAGUCGAUUUAUCACGAAAAUUAAGAUACAAGGCGAAACAUUUCGAAUCGACCUUCAAAUCCAAGUAUCUGUUUUUCAGCAUCUACACUGUACACCUGGUGGUACCAGCUUUAAUUUUUAUUUCUUUACAAAAACAAUUUUUACUACAGCUUCUUUUUGUUGUGCUUCAAAUCAUUGGCAACGGUAAGAAAUGUUUGUUAGCCUCUCCAGUUAAAGUAACCCUCAUUUGUUAGACAAUGCACUGAGAAACGUGAGUCUUUCGAACUGUCAGCAAUCAAGUCAGAGGAGAGAAAUAUUUCGUAUUUCACCGUCGGAAAGUUGUUUUGCUACGAUAAUUCUUUAGAACAAUUAUAGCCUCGAAACGUGUAUUUAAACUCCGUAAAAAUAUAUUGAUCACGCUAAAACUUCGAGCCACACAAGUUAUUUACUUUGCACGUUGUUGGAAGUGAAAGCGUAUCAACACGAAGGCGUCACAUCUAUUGUUCAUGUUUUUACGUUUUACUGAGGGGUGCUUUUGAGGACGAAGUCAUGAAUUCCAAGGUACAGCUUGAUAAAGCUUUAUCUUCGAAGCUCAACGGGAUUCAGAUUACUAAUCAUUUGAGCAAGUUAUCCAGAGCAAAAGCGACGCCGCCUGUUCUCAAAUCGCAGCCUAUUAGCCCACAGAAAUCGUUCAAGUUCAUGCCGCAUCCCCCUCAAAACCGAAAGUCGGUCGGCUUUCAGAACAGCAGGAGAACUGAUGAUCAAAACAUUAAGCCAGCGCCUCCUACAGAGCCUCGUGGAAAGAAUUAUAUGGUGAGAAAGUUUUACGACGUAAGAAAAAAAGACAGUAAUGUCGACGAAAGCAGGGUUAGCGGAGAUGGAGAAUCACUAGAGAAUGAGGAAUUUUACGAGAAGUCAAGGUGUCCGUCAUGGGAGCGUAUGCCGGGCGAUGGAUGUAUCUCUGAUAUUGCUGAAGAAGAUGAAGAUGCAGAAGAAGAAGAUGACGACAUGGAGGAGAAUGAUGAUGAUGAUGACGAUGAGUCUGUUGAGGACAACUAUGACAAUGAUUUCUAUGAAUGCGAUGACCUUGAUGAAGCAGGCUUUUCUGAUGGUGAUGAUGAUGAUGGUUCUCAGUCACUGAUCAGCACAGCUGCUUCCUCUCGUGUUUCUACUGCAAAAAGUAGAGCAUCAAGUGCAAGACCAAUGAUGUUAGGUACUCGCAGAUGGUCUGGUACAGUAGGAUCAUCAAACCCAAGUUCUGCAUCAUCCAAAAAAACAAAUGCAUGGGCAUCAACAGGUGACGAUGAAAAACAAGAGAAAAUUCCUCCUCUAGUACCCAGCCUAUUUCCUCAUAUAUCUCCAACCAUCUACUUUUCUGUGGAGGGAGAAAAAGUGGGCCAACUUUCACCUGAACUGCGAAAACUCCUCCGGUGGAAGAUGAGUUCUAUAACACCAAAUGUUAUCAAGCAGUGUAUUGCAAGAGCUGGCUUUAAACCAACUAAGACAGGGAAUGACUGGCUAGGAUACUGGGGCAAACACAUGAAAGCAAACUGUUUUAAAACUGUCAGAGAAUAUCAAAAGGUUAACCACUUUCCUGGUACAUUUCAAAUUGGGAGAAAAGACAGAUUGUGGAGAAAUCUCUCCCGCAUGAUGGUGCAUCAUGGAAAAAAAGAUUAUGGUUUUGUUCCACAAACUUAUGUUCUGCCUUAUGACAUGAAACUACUGAAAAGGGCUUGGGACGAUGCCAGCAGUCGACAGAAAUGGAUUCUCAAGCCACCUGCUUCAGCCAGAGGGAUUGGAAUCCGUGUCAUUCACAAGUGGAAUCAAAUUCCAAGGAAGAGACCUGUUAUUGUUCAGAGGUACCUUGCCAAACCGUUUCUCAUCAAUGGAAGCAAGUUUGAUCUUCGAAUCUAUGUCUACGUCACUUCAUACGAUCCUCUGAGGAUAUAUGUCUUUGAAGAUGGGCUUGUAAGAUUUGCAACAUGCAAGUACUCAUCAUCCAUGAAAAGUUUAAGCAACAAGUUCAUGCAUCUGACAAAUUACAGCAUCAAUAAAAAGAAUGAAGGAGCUUACCAAGCGAAUUCAGAUGAAACUGUUUGUCAGGGACACAAAUGGAGUUUGAAAGCUCUUUGGGGUUACAUGAAACGCAUGAACAUCAACCAUGUUCAUGUUUGGGAGACAAUAAAGGAUUUGGUUGUCAAAGCCAUCAUAGCGUCUGACUCAGCGGUAAACACCAUGGUGAAACAGAACGUGAGAAAAAGAUCUUGCUGUCAUGAGCUUUUUGGAUUUGAUGUCAUGUUGGAUGAGACCCUUAAACCGUGGCUACUAGAAGUGAAUAUAUCUCCAAGUCUUCACUCCACCUCUCAACUGGACCGUAACAUCAAGGGACAGAUGAUAAAAGACUUGUUAAACCUGGCUGGGUUUUGCAUCCCAGAAAACCUGAUCACAACCUCAACUUCAAGCACUAGUAACAUGAACCAGUUUGUUCAAGAUAAAGCUGUGACGGGUCUUUCUUCAGAUGAGAGAGGAAAGCAUGCGUUUUAUGUUCAACGUCACCUAGACGAGCGCACGAAACAGUCAAUCCUUGACAUCUUAACACCAGACGACAUUAGAAUGCUUAUGGAGACAGAAGAUGAGAAUAGUCGAAGAGGAUGCUUUCAGAGAGUUUUUCCAUCCAUGUCGUCCAACAAGUAUUUAAGAUUCUUUGAGUCUCAGAGAUAUUACAACAUUUUGUUGGACGAAUGGACAAGAAAAUACAUGAGAGAAGGGCGGAGCACAGUCCUGGGAAUCGCUGUUCUCCAAGCACUUGGUGAAAAGAAACUUCAUAUUGGGGCAACCUCGGAUCCAACACAUCAAUGGAAUUGCCCUCAAGGUAUAACGUACAGGUCCUCCUCCGCUCCAGCUCUCAGUUUGGACCACGGACUCAUCAAAUCAAGUGCUUCGGCUCCGGUGCUUCUGCCCAAAAUAAAGAAGAAGUCAACAAAAUCGCACACAUCUAAGAUGUCUUCCAGCUCGGCCACAUCCUCUGAGCGAACCCGGCAGAUGCUGAGAGCUCGGAUGAAGUCGAACAUCUGACUAGUGCAGGAUAGAGGGCCGCUUACUGUGACAACAACUACCAUACCCUCUCUCCCUAGUAUUAAUCCACAGCCAGUGUGUAUCGGAGGGGAGGGUGAAGAGUGCAUCCAGAGCCGACAUGCGCAUUGCACGAUUGAGACGUGCCCACAGAAGCGAGUUCUUCAUGAACUGUUGAUUCAUCUGAACAGACUCAAUUUAAGCUCAGAUAGAUAUGCUGGAGCGUUUAAUUGAUUCAUUUCGAACUGCAAGCGUUCUUGUAAUAUAAAUGUACAUAUUCAUAUUUUACGUAUACAAAGAGCGAAAAGUGAGAAUAGACGUAAUUUUCACGAGACAUUUAACCCGUGUGGGGUUAGAGCAAACGUGAAUAUAAUGUUUAAAAAAAUCAUCACUCUAUCGAAGUUCUGUUUGCAAAUCUGGAGCAGAAAUGUUUAUAGCCAAAGCUUUAGAGAACUGCAAUAAGGAAAGAAAGGUAUUGUUGAGAUGAUGAUACCUUAUAAAUAAUUAUUUUCUUAUGCAUAGUUUCCAAACACCGAAUUUUCUUCAUGAUAUUGAACAGAUGUAUAUAACAGUAAAUACUUCUUAAUGCUUGUAAAUCCAAUUUCCAUGAUUGACACAACUUUUUACCAUAUUCUAUCUGUUGCAAGUUUUUCUACGUAUUUAUGUACUAAAUGGAAAAACAAUUUCCACAGAAAAAACUAAUUGAUUUAACUACAAAGGAAUUGAUAACGAAUUAAAAACGCUGCAUUUCAUCGUGAAACACAUGAUAUAAUACAAUUAUUUUAACAAAUAAAAACGAUUGUGAAGAAUCGUUCGUUGAACUAUAAUGUGUGCAGGGGAGAAAUUUCAACACAGAGAUUCCGAAAUGUGUCCAUCGAGGAACAAAAAUGAAUAAGCUUAACACUCAAGUCUCCAAAAUGGUUUACCUGCCAAACCUUCGAAUGAAAAAAGGAAAGAAAUUGAAAAACAAAAGUAAAAUAGUGUAAAGAGAAUUAAUCUUGUGCAUGUUGUUAACAUAAACUUGUGACGUUUCACGGAAGAGGCUGAACUGGUAUAUUCUCGACAAAAAUAUUUCAAACAUGGUUGAAGAACUAGAACCAGUACAAGGAAAAGAAAGGUUUUCGUACCAUCCAAGCAAGCACAAAAGCGUAUUAUGAGCGUGCUUAUGCCGACUCAUCGACUCAUACGUACUUGCCUUAAAACGGAUAAAGUGGAGGUCGUUUUUCCGCUCGGAUUCGGUGUUGAUCCAGUUUUGAGUCCAUCUCUUUUCAUGUACAAGUCCUCUCGCCGUAAUGGAGCGUUAUAUGUUGGGAUCUUGAAUUAUAAUGCAUCGCAAAUUGUAAGUUUCGAUCGUAAGUUAGUAACUUGCGAUCGAAAACUCGAAUGAUCCUUAAAAGCCACAACAUGAAGUGACAGUCCGUCCAGUACUGGAUGAUUGAUAAUUAGUUAACACAUGAAUAAAAAGGGUAAUGGCGA